AUGGGUAUUCAUCAGUUAAGUAAGGUUAUUGGUGAUCACGCUCCCAAGGCUAUUAAAAAUGGGGAAAUAAAAGCAUAUUUUGGUCGAAAAGUAGCUAUUGAUGCUUCCAUGUCUCUAUAUCAAUUCUUGGUUGCCGUCCGUAGCGAGGGCAAUAAUCUGACUAACGAAGCAGGAGAAUCCACCAGCCAUCUUAUGGGUAUGUUCUACCGAACAAUUCGGAUGCUCGAAAAUGGUCUAAAACCGGUGUACGUGUUUGAAGGAAAACCACCGGAUCUCAAAUCUGGCGAGUUGGCCAAACGUACAGAACGCCGUGAAGAGAACACCAAACAGUUGAACAAAGCUGAAGAACUUGGGGACUCAGAGGCUAUUGACAAAUACUCUCGACGUCUUGUUAAGGUCACUCCUCAACACAAUGAGGAUUGUAAGAAUCUCUUACGUCUAAUGGGUAUACCAGUUGUGGAGGCUCCUGGUGAAGCGGAAGCUCAAUGCGCAGUUCUAGCAAAGUCGGGAAAGGUUUACGCGGUGGGUACAGAGGAUAUGGAUGCUUUGUGUUUCGGCGCUCCUGUUUUACUUCGUCAUCUCACUUUUAGCGAAGCUAGAAAGUUACCAAUUCAGGAAUUUAAUCUGCAAACAGUCCUUUCCUCAAUGAAUUUGACAAUGGAACAGUUUGUCGAUCUCUGUAUCAUGCUUGGAUGUGAUUACUGUGAAACUAUCAAGGGUAUCGGUCCUAAGAAAUCCGUAGAACUCAUUCAACGCUAUAAAUCAAUUGAUGCUGUACUUGAGAAUCUUGAUAAAAAGAAAUAUACAACUCCUGAGGGAUGGAUCUAUAAACAAGCAGCUCAGCUUUUCACUGAACCUGAAGUCAUAGAUCCUGAAACCAUAGAGCUUAAAUGGACGGAGCCUGAUGAGGAUGGUAUAGUGGAGUUUAUGUGCUCCAAAAAUGGUUUCAAUGAGGAGAGAAUAAGGAACGGUGUGAAGAAGAUUCAGAAAUCUCGGACGGUUUCUACUCAAGGUCGUAUUGAUAAUUUCUUCACCAUCAAACCUACCCCUCCAUCAGUUAAGACCACCAAUGGUAAAAGACCAUCAAUGACACCUGCUAAAAAACCUAAUCCAAAAAGGAGAAAGUGA